CUCCAGAAACCCUGAUAUAUUCCACAUUAAGUAUUAUUGACGAUCCACGGUCUUGUGGCCCCCUCUGGACCAGUCACUGCAAAUGGGAUUGUUGGAUUGCCUUAGACCCAAACUGCAUCCUCUCCACUCCCCCUUCCCCAGUCCAGGGUGGGAGCACAGCCCCUCAGAUAGAACUAGGUUUCUGUUAAUAGGAGACUGAGCCCCGGCUGCUGUGGAAAACGCCAUCACCGUCUGGCGGAGCUCCUUCCAGGAGAAGCAGCUGUUCCCUGGCCUCGGGGACAGAGGACAAAGGAUUCCACGACGGGGCUCCUGUCCUGCGGGCUCCAUGUGCACACACGCCCUCCCACCCCCGGCCCUGCUCUCAUUUCAGCACCCAGCUGGGGGCCCCACCGGGGCCAAGCCCCGGGCCAGGGCCAGGUCCCGAGAUCUGUCUCCCCAUCACUCAGCACUGGGAUUUUGUGUGUGCUCAUGGGCCAGCCCCGCCUCCCCCGGUUCCAGCACGGCCCGGGAAACGGGCAGAGAACCCACGUGAUAAGAUAUUUUUAAUGCACUCGAUCCCUCCAGGAAUGUACCAUAUAUCGCAAUAUUAAACACUCAGAGGAGGAUGUCGGGGUUCUCCAUUUUCAACACGAGGAACCGUUGGCAUAAAGUGAUGUAACUCUUUGCCCAAGAACAGAGUCGGGACUGACGGUCAAGUCGGCGUGCUGCACAAAGCGUGUUCUGCUCACGGGUGGAGAACGGGGCUCCCCCCUCGGGGUGCACCCGGAGAGAAGUUGAACCUCGUGGGGGCCCAGAGGGAGGAACAGCUAAGGGGCGCUGCGGCCCCUGAGCGGGAAGUGUGCCGGGCGGGGAGGGCGCUCUUCCCCUUUGUGUGAGGCUGUUGGUGUGGAAACGGCCCCAGAAAGGCCGGUGGCACAUCCCCUUCUUCUGAGGGCUGCAGGCUCUGUCCCUCAGCACCGACUCCAGGACGCCCCGGGACAGGGCUGGGCCAUGGCGCGCGGGCCCUCCACCCUCCUGGGCCUGGCGCUCUGUCUGGCCCAGAUGGCCUGCACCCAGCAGGGGACCUUGCCCAGACCCUCCAUCUCAGCUGAGCCGGGCUCUGUGGUGCCCUGGGGGCGGCCGGUGAGCAUCGUGUGCCGGGGCCCUGCCGGAGUUACGACCUUCCGCCUGGAGAAGGACAAUAGACACAACUACACGGAUGUGGCUGUCACGUCCGGAGGUGAACAGGAGACGGAGGCCAGACUUCACAUCACCGCCCUGCAUAAAGACAACGUCGGGCGUUAUUGCUGCAUCUAUGGAACAGAGUCCAGCUGGUCUGAGCGCAGCGAGACCCUGAGCCUGGAGGGGACCGAGGAGGCCGUCUCUGCCCUGCCUACAGGACCCCCUGGAGGCGGCAGCUCCUCCACCGCUCAGUGCUGCUCCUCCGCUGCUCCCACAGGCCUGUCGACGGAGCAGGUUUAUAUUCUCAUCGGGGUCUCUGUGGCCUUUCUCCUUUUUCUCUUCCUCUUGGUCCUUCUCCUCCUCCAUCAUCAGCACCAGAGAAAACGAGGACGGCCCAGAAGCAACGACGAGGAGCAGAGACACCAGGGGAGGCUCAGCCCAGCUGUGGAUGUCCUAGAUGGGACCCCAGAUGUGGCCAGCGUUGACAGAUUUCCUGACAUGGACGGAGAGGUGGGCACCUCGACCCCUGCUGCAGGAGGCCCCCAAGAGGUGACCUACGCCCAGCUGAACCACAAGCCCCUCACCCAGAGGGCGGCCAGAGCUGUGUCCCCGCCAUCCACAGAGCCCCUGGCCGAGUCCAGCACGUAUGCAACCAUUGCCAGACAUUGACCCCGUGCCCACCUGGCCUCUGCCCUAAAUAUGCAGGAAGUCACACUUGCAAAAGCCUGAAGUGGACAUUGGGAUGGUUUCCCUGUGGAAUGAUUCCUUUCUGGAAAGACAUCCAGUCAAUUCUCCUGCAGGCAAAAGCUAGAGUCCUGAGACCCGCAGUCAACUUCUAGGAGAUUCAGUAUCCAUGUGGUCCCUGCUGCAGUCAACUAGCUCCUUGGAGAGAUGUAGCACUUGUUUCAAGAGACCCAGCUAUGGUGUUUGUUGGCUGUUUCCAGAGACCCAGGUGUGGUGCUUGGCUGUUUCCAGAGACCCAGGUAUGGUGCUUGGCUGUUUCCAGUGACCCAGCUAUGUCCCUACAGCUGCCCAGUGGACUUCAGACAUGUCCUGUGAAUCUUCCACUGGCCCUGGAGAUCUGUUUUGUGUUCUCAGCUGACUCUACAAACCUUCCUAGAGUUCGGGUGGGGAUCUUGAAUCUGGGAUGCACUCAGGUGGCUGGUAGCUGAUGCCCAGUUUUCUGGCUCACACUUCACCUUGUUCAUCAGUCAAUGUUCUCACAGGUCCAAGUGCGUCAGCCCUUCAUGCGGCGCUGGGUACACAGGUUCUAGGUCCCAGUCUCUGCCUCCACCGUCCCCCAAAACUCAGUGAGGGAAACAAGACAAAAACAAGACAAUCAGUGUUUUCUGACCCAAGAGUGUGUCUGAGGGGACUUGUGUCUGGGUGAAGGCGCAGAGCUGCCCCACCUGCAUACAGCUCCCAUGCCUUCACAAGCACACAGCCAUGCAUGCACAGAUGCACUCAUAUGUACCCAAACACACCAGCACAGUGUAAAGGGUGUACAUGCAUACAUACCCCCUGAAUGCACAUAUACACACACAGACAUAUAUGCACACACUGUACACACGCAUACACUCAUGCAGACACCCACACACAUGGACACGAUGGGCUGGCCGAGGGAGCUCGUGAGGCCAUGACUGCACAGGGAGGGCCCCUCAGGCUUUAGGUCCACCCCGAGGAACAGGCAGGCCCCCAUCUCCCACCCCCCGCCCCCCGCCAGUUCAUCCCCACUGGACGCCAUCAUUCCCCAAACAGGAGAGGCCCCAGCAGGCGUAGGACACUGUCCUUGACCUGACCUUCACCCCUCACCAGGCUAAUGCCCAUCAGGUUUGGGAUUGGAGGCCAUUCAUCCCAACAGGCAUAUAAGUGUCGCUGUAACAAAUUACCACUCACAUAGCGGCACCAAACAAUGCAGCGUAUUACCCCACAGUCCAGGACGUCAGAAGUCUGAGAUCAGUUACAAGAGGCUGAAAUCCGGGGUGGGCAGGGCUGUGUUCCUUCUGGAGGUUCCAGGGGAGGCUCCAUUCUGUUACCUUUUGCAGCAUCUGGGGGCCGUUUGCACUCCUUGGCUCAUGGCCCCUUCCUCCAUCUUCGGCUCCUCCCUCUGACUAGGACUCCUGCUUCUGUGGUCACCUCUCACCUCCUCACUCUCUGACCCUCCUGCUUCUCUCUUGUAAGAACCCUGGUGAUUACAUUGGGUCCACCUAGAAUAUCCAAGGUCAUCUCCCCUUCAAUAACCUUAAGACGGAGCCUUAACUCGGUCACACCUGUAACGACCCCUUUUGCAGCUAAGGUAACACAGAAGCUAAGGUAACACAGCAGCUGGUUCCUGUCUACCUGAGUGGGUGUCCAUCUGCAGCACCACCUCCGUUUGUGGGCUCCUCUGGGCUUGAAUGCCUCACUCUGAAUUCUACGCAUCUCCUUGCAGGGAUGUUUCCUUCUGUUUCCACUAGCUUGUGAAAGAAUGAAUUCCUGAGAGUCUAUUUCCUGUGUCCCUAGAAGCUCCAUGUAAGAGGAGGUCGGGUAGGAAGCAGGGGAGACUAGAAGCAUGCCCACCGUGUGACCCGCAGGUGCCCAUAGGGCCAGGUGGGCCCGUGUGACAGGACUGUGGCUGCCUAGCACCGUGUCCUCCCUUCCUGGGCUCCCAGCGAGACGAUCUCCCAGCCUCCUUGUGGUUAUGUGUGUCCUGGGAUGGCGUUCACAAUGAGCCUGUGCUCGGAGCUGCUUCCAGGCCUGGCCCUGAACCCUCCCUCAUGAGAUGCUCACUGUUGGUCCUUCUGCUGGCGGACGCGGAUGCCCUGGGCGACCUUGGCGGCACACACCGAGUGUGGUGCCUGGCUGCCUGGAUGCCGUGGAGUACAGCUCCCCGUACCUCUUGUAUUAGGCCUGUUCCGGGUUCCGGUAAAGUUGAUGCUUUAACAGGUGUGAUACAGGCAUAUUCUGGUGUGAACAUAAUAAAGGGAAACCUUUAAAACGGAGCUGGGAAGCCUAGAGGGGCGCUCUCUCGCCUCUCCCGUCUGUUGCAGCUUACUUUACAUUUCUGGGCAGGAAGACAGUUAUCUUACUAGGCAGCAGCGGAAGGAUGAUUUUCUCCUGGCCCAGCAACAGUCCAGUCAAUGAGAAAGAGCAGUAGCUCAGCUAAUGAGAAAUGGCAACAACUCAGCCAAGGAGAAAAUAGCAACAGCUCAGCCAAUGAGAAACAACCAUAGCCCAGGCAAUGAGAAGCAGCCACAUCCCAGCCAACGAGAAACCAUCAGUGACCUGAAUGCUUGCUUUUCUUCAAGGGGCUUUGAUUCAAAGCAGCCUCUUCCAGCUUCCUCCUUUUUCUCUGUUAAGUAACAUUCCUCUCCUUUGUUCUCUGGAUUUGACUGUGGUUUGCCAUAGUUUGAAUGUCCUGAAUUGCAAUCCCUCUGCCAUUCCUAAAUAAACUCAUACUAAUGGAUAAAACAAUA